AUGGCGCUGAGGCAGAAGCUGAAUGCAACCGUGCUCACUGCAUUCCUCAAUUUCACUCUCAUCCUAGGAUCUGAAUUGCAUGGUCGGUUGUUUGCAUAUCUUCCCAAGGAGAAUGAACAUGACAUGGAUGUUAACACUGCUACAUCUGGGACUCAAACUGUUGCAAAACACUCCUUGCCAGAGCUAGAGAUUUAUUGCUAUUUUCUCGUGCUAAUAUUUCUCAUUGAUCUGAAGAGAUACAAUAAGGCUAAAGCUUGUGCCUUGUCUAGCAUUGUUCAAUUGAAGAACAUGAUUAGGAGAACUGUUGAUUUUUCAAGCAUCCAGGCUCUACUAUUAUUCUCUUAUAGCUAUGAACUCACUGGGGGUCUUGCUGAAAAAUUAGAGGUAUCCUCUUUCCCUUCGCUGGAUUGUGACCCUGCGCCGUGAUGAGUUGGGUCAGGAAACACUUCUCUACCUGAUCAUUACAACUUAUAUGAUCAGGCAAAGAAGCUUCUAUCAAAGGCACCUCGAUUUGGAGCCCAUUCAAAAC